AAGCCUCCAAGGCCUUGUUUGAAGGGGCCUUGCCUUUGUCUCCAGCCAGGAGGGUAUAGAAGAAGCCAGCCAUCUUGAAAGUUCAUCUUUAUUACUCGUCCUAACUUCUCUCCCUGCUUACCCGGAAGUGUGUGUAACUGAAGAAACUAGCAGAUGGACAUCCAUCCGUGGCCUCACAGGCUUGCAUUGUCUGUGCACAGCUUUUAUAUGACUGGGCAUGCUAAAACACCCUCGUUCAUUAUACAUUAACUCUAGCUUCAAAAGAAACUGAACCAGGAAUCAUGGAAAGCAAGCCCAAGCUCUACUACUUUCAGGGCAGAGGCAGGAUGGAGUCCAUCCGCUGGCUGUUGGCUGCGGCGGGAGUGGAGUUUGAAGAAGAAUUUCUGGAGACAAGAGAACAAUAUGAGAAGUUGCAAAAGGACGGCCGCCUGCUUUUUGAUCAAGUCCCUUUGGUUGAAAUUGAUGGAAUGCCGCUGACACAGUCUAGAGCCAUCCUCAGCUACCUCGCUGCCAAGUACAACUUGUACGGGAAGGACCUGAAGGAGAGACUCAGGAUUGACAUGUAUGCUGAUGGCACCCUGGACCUGAUGAUAAUGAUCGCCCAGGCUGCAUUUAAACCCCCGAAGGAAAAAGAGGAGAGCCAUGCUUUAAUAGUGAAGAGAGCUAAAACCCGUUACUUCCCUGUCUUUGAAAAGAUUUUGAAAGACCACGGGGAGGAUUUUCUUGUUGGCAACCGGUUCAGUUGGGCAGACAUACAGCUGUUAGAAGCCAUUUUGAUGGUGGAGGAACUCAGCGCUUCCAUUCUGUCCGACUUCCCUCUGCUGCAGGCAUUUAAGACAAGAAUCAGCAACAUUCCUACAAUUCAGAAGUUUCUGCAACCUGGGAGUCAGAGGAAGCCACCUCCAGAUGGCCACUAUAUUGAGGUGGUCAGGAACGUUCUGAAGUUCUAGUGGCAGCAGGCCUUAAGGUGGCCACAGCGAGUAUCCAAUUUCAGCAUCACCGUAGACCAGCUACAGAGCUUUCCAAAGCAAGGUAUAGAUCCUAGGAGGCUUCGAGAAGGAAAACCUUUCUGUUAUCAGCAACCCAUGUCAAUUAAAUAUGGUGAAAAAU